AUGACAAGCACGAAUGGUGAUGGUGACAAGCAGGAAUACAUCCGGGAGUUUCCAAAUCUUCCGUACUUGGUGCUAGUGCUGAAACAGUUCCUCUUACAACGAGAUCUUAACGAGGUGUUCACAGGUGGCAUCAGCUCUUACUGCCUCAUCCUGUUGGUGGUCAGCUUCCUACAGCUUCACCCACGAAUAGACGCGCACAGCCCUGAGGCUAACCUGGGGGUGCUGCUGGUAGAGUUCUUUGAACUGUAUGGCCGGAAUUUUAACUACUGGAAAACUGGGAUCAGGAUAAAGGAUGGUGGCUCGUAUGUGCCCAAGGAUGACAUUCAGAAGGAAAUGGAGAAUGGGUACCGCCCCUCAAUACUGUGUAUAGAAGAUCCACUGGUCUCAGGUAAUGACAUUGGACGGAGUUCAUAUGGGACUAUGCAGGUGAAGCAAGCUUUUGAGUAUGCCUACUUGGUGCUGAGUCAUGCCGUCGCCCCCCAGAACGCUCAUCUCCUACGAGGUAACCAAAGCAUACUGGGUAGAAUCGUGCGAGUGACAGAUGAAGUGGUGGGUGAAUACCGGCGGUGGAUUGCGGAGAACUUCCGUACUGACCGACCCGACGUCACCAACACUGUACCCCAGUCCACAACAGCCAAAGAUGAAAGGUCAGACCAGAAAGCUGAGAGCGAGAACUCUGACUGUUCCAGUGGUAACAGCUCUGUCUACUGCAAGUCCUCCAGUUCUACAUCACCCGAUUCUACCAGCUCAUCCUCCAGUUUAGCCAGUGAAUCGGAUACAGAUUCCAACCCUGACAUUUCUCAGAGGAAGGGCUCAGCAAAUCGAGGUGGCAGCCAAGGUGUCCAUCAUGCUCGCGAAUUCUCACGGGGGAGGGAUCUGAACAAAGCACAGGCAGCUGGGAAAUCUCGUGAUGCAAGUUCUAGCAGUGUGGCCUCUAACCGCUCAGUAAACGCUCACACGCGAUCUCCCAUGAACAAUAAUAGCCAUCCACAUCAUCAUCAUCAUCCUCCUCACAAUCAACAUCAGCAGCAGAAUCCUCACAAUGGCCACCCCCAUCAUCCUCAUCAUGGCCAGAUGAAUGGUUCCCAUCCCCCUGGUCAGACCCCACCCCGACCUCUCAGCCACCAGUCUAGUCUCCCCAAUCCACCUCACCCCCACAGCCGUCAGCCGGUCGCCCAUAACCACAACAACAACAGCAAUAACGCGCCUACCCCCGUGGCACAUCAGCCCACCGCAUACUACCACGAGCCCCGGGGUAACCCGGGCACCAACAACAAGUUUCAAGGGGGGCCAAAUGGGCACAGUAAGACAUACCAUGGACAGCACCACAGUGGCAGCAAUACGAACAGUGGUGGUGGACACCACAGUAAGGUGUUCAGUCGCUCCAGCUCAAAACGACGGAGGAACAGCACACCACGCAACAACCGUGAUUCUCAGAACAGCCACAUGUUUGCUGCUUCGAGGUAACGACACAGUGAUGUGGGCAGAGUGACCCACCAAGUGACACUCGUGUCAGGCCUGUAUGUACUGCUCACUGGGGGCCCAGGAGGCUGUGACACUCACCUGUCCCCACCCCUGCCCCCUCAGUGUGCUGACUGCUCUGUUUAACCCAGAGGCUGCAGGCUGUGUUUGGGCCUGAACUUCACCCCCAUCUUCACCUGGUCUACCAUGGCUGUAUAUAUUUGUAAUGACAAGUGUGAUAGGCGUGAAUGAGAACUGGCGUAUGUGAAUGAAAAGACAUCCCGUGCCUCAGAGCUUUUAUUACUGUUUGGGGGAUGGAGGAAGACAGUGCAUAUUCCCAGCAUAAAUAAUUCACCAUACGAAAAGACAUCUAGCAAAAUAAAGGGCAUAAAGUGAUUAAUUGUGCAUAUCAUAACAGUAUUGAGAUUAUUUAGCAUAAAGCAGGACCUGGUCGUGUAAUCAAGUGGUAACAUAUUU